GAGGUCUGGUCAAAGAAAAGUGCAAAAUUUCAUCUUUUGCUCUUAUUAAAUUAAAUCCUUUCCUUUGGAAUAUAAAGUUUGUGACUUCCUGAAACUCUCUGCACUCAGCCGUUAAUUCUAGGGCAACGACGCAAAUCCUAAAGAUCACAGAUCUUGAAGAAAAUUAAAACUGCGGGACGAGAAGAUAUCCACCGACUGAAGCUAGGCCUGAAAAUAUUUACUAUAUUCGGGGAAUCCCCCGUUUUAAAACGCAAAAUAAAAACAAAAUGGCAGCACAGGCCACUAAAGGAGCCGCUUUAGCUGUCAUAAAGAGAAUGUUCGAGGACCCGAUUCCCCGACUUCUGCCGUCCCGAACUAAAGUGUGGCAACAGAUAGAGGGUGAGAGUGGCACCUAUAGUCCUGAAAAGUGGGCAGAUCCUUUGCUCCUGUUCAAAUGGCAGCUUGGCGGGGAAGAGGAUAUAGCUGAAGUUAUGCCGGCAACGGAAGUUAGCAUUUAUUCCAUGCAAUUUGAUCAACGAUAUUUACAACAGUUUGCAAAGCCCGACUAUUCGGCUUUCGGGAAAAGGCUGAAGGCCAUGUUAGAAUCGGUUAAUCAAUACCAAUACGACGAAGAAGAGUUAGAGUACCUUACAAGCAGCGCUGCAUGGUCGAUGGCUAAAAUUCUUUACCAAUUUGAAAGACAAAGCUUUAUCUAUUUGAAAGACGAAGCUGCCAUCGUGCGGCUUCUCCUGCUACAAAUUAUGCUAAGUAAGCCAACAGACUUGAUGCACGCAUCGUCGUUUGUUCAACAGAUCGCUGUGAAUAUGAACGUGAAAAAGGAUAGCUGCACAGGCUCCUGGAGUCCGCCACCCGAGAUCUCCAACUCUUCACAGAUUGGAACUAAAACGUCUACAAGUGCACUUUAUGUGCUGGCAAUAGACGAAUUGGAUACAGUAAUUUUAAAGGACGAGUCUUUGCAGGAUAUUCAUCUCUCAAGCUGUGUUUGCAUUCCAGUGUGUGGUAGAUGGAGUGGAAGCUCCUGGUUGAUGGCGUACAUUCUCAGUUUUACCAGCACGUCCUGGUGGAAUUUCGCCUAUACCCUGGAUGUGGAGUACUCCAAUGGGGUGUCAGAGGCCACGGAAGGUCUGCCAAUGAAGGCGACAUUCAUGCCCAAAGCAGCAACAGUUUACAUCCACGGCAACUACUCAAACAUAUGUCUAGUUGUGAUCGAUGCAACCCGGUCCCGAUUCCCCGAUGACUGGCAGUUUGAGGUAUGCAAAGGCAUUACUGCCUCACGGGCUGGUAACUUUGAGUUUGCGAAGAAAGCCCACGCUUAUCUGGGACGUCUCUCGGAUCCGGAUGUAAUGACCAUUUCCUGUGGCGAUAUCUCUGUUGCUCUGCAUAACAUGGCUUAUAUAUUCUCACCCACUGAGUUCAGGCAGUUGCACUUAAAGGCCAGUAUCCUGGCUACCUCGCGGUUCAAUGGUUUCAGCUGCUAUCCCAAUCCGGAGCCAACAAAAAACAGGAAACACAUAUUUGGUCCAGUCGCUUUCAACAACAAAGACGAAAUUCUAAUAGGGGAUUACGUAGUUCCUGAUUUGGCUAAGAUGGCGGCAGAAGAACGACAAACCCGACUUCAGGUCCUUAAUUUUUGGAGGUGCGAUCCUUUAGGAUUCCUGACCCACAACGCUGUUGAUUGGCAAGGCCAUUGCCCUUCAAACUACGUUUGCCAAUACAGACUUUCUACCAGCACUAACGACUUGAGAAUUCUCAAAGCCUGCGGAGCGUUUGCCCGAGAUCCCAAUUUCGGAAUACCCAGGGACGUCUUGGACACAACCUUGGGAUACGCCUCUCUAAUGCUUGGACUUACUAACUGGUAUUUGGUGGAGAUGGGAUGUACACUGUUCGAACACAAUUACAUUUCACGUUAUGAGGGUUAUCACAAGCAUCUCGAAUUUCAAGGCAUUUGGGAGAAAAUAACUUCUUUAUUUGUGAUCGAUUUUGGAGUGAUGAAUAUUAAUUCAUUCCUGGAGGAAAGCCUGAAAAAUGUUGGUAGGAUAAUGAACUUCAGUCAGCCGGAGGAAUCGUUGGAGGCGAACUGGACAAAGACACACUUUAGCGGUAAUGUUCCUUGGUGGUUCGUUGCUGCUAUCGCUGCCAAAUUUGGGCAAAACUUCAAAGUAAAAGCACGCGUCGAUUUAAAAAAAAAUGAAAUAGGAUGGCGGAUAAAUGCAGAAAAUAACGAGCAAUAUGAGCUAAGCCUUCUUACUGCGUCCACCAAGUACGAACAGAAAGUGUUAAGAAGUCGUGGGCCCUAUUUCCCCAUACUUACCAUGAAAUCGAAUGGAAGCAAUAGUUUGACCCAUAACAUGAUCUCGUGGGACAUGAAUCGUCUGCUGGAUGGAAAAAAGUCGCAGUUAUCUAAUAUCUGUCACAGAGGAAACGUUGAUUUCAAUGGAAUCGUAGAACUAAAUGUCUUAAUUUUGCCAAAAUCAAAUAUGUUUGAAUCCGUCUACGCUUUUGUAGCUGCCGACAACAGAAUCAUUGCGGAUGAUCCAAAUUAUUGGCCUCAAGUUUCAGGUCUACAAUGGUUCUAUAUGGACAAGGAUUACCUUGAUUGGCUUGGAACGGUUCCAGAAUAAUUUCAUGAUAACGCUCUACCGUUUGGACCAUGUAAUAAAAUGGGAAUACUUCUAGGUCAGUGAAGACCUAACAUUCAGUUAAUACUUGCGAAUUAUUAUUUUGCUUUACUCACUAUUUUUCUUUAUUAAAAACACACACAAAACUAAUUGAUUAAGGAAAUCAAUAUGUGAACAUUAUAUGAACAAAUAAAUGUGCAUUCAAUGAGAAUGGAAAA